AUGGCUGUGUUUGCUUCUGCUUCUUCUUCCCGAGUGAAAUAUGAAGUUUUCAUCAGCUUUAGAGGUUCAGACAUCAGAUUUGGUUUUCUCGGCCAUUUGACAACGGCGUUGCGUGGAAAGCAGGUUGAUGUCUAUGUGGAUGAGAGGCUGGAGGGAGGAGAUGAAAUAUCGUCUGCACUUGAGGAAGCCAUAAAAGGAUCAAAGAUUGCGUUGGUCAUAUUCUCAAAAGAUUAUGCUUCUUCAACGUGGUGUCUGAACGAGCUUGUCAAAAUCAUGGAAUGUAACGAAGCAAAUGGACAAAUUGUGUUACCAGUUUUCUAUUAUGUCAAUCCUUCAGAUGUCAGGCAUCAAAAAGGCACUUAUGCAGAAUCAUUUGCACAUCUUGAACAGAAGUUCAAGGAUAACUUGAACCAGUUGCCAAUUUGGGGAUGUGUCUUGAAAAUUUUUGCCUACUUAUUUGGUUAUCAUUCAUUUAAUGAUCAUGAACAAAGGUUCAAGGAUAAUAUGGGCAAGUUGAAAAUUUGGAGAUCUGUCUUGAAGAAAACCGCAGGCUUAUCUGGUUAUCAUUCAUCAAAUUUUCAAAACGAAUCACAGCUCAUUGAUGCAAUAGUCCAAGAUGUCCUAAAAAAAUUGAAAGAUCACAACCUAGUUGUGCCAAAAUCCCAGCUUGUUGGAUUUGAUCACAAUCUCGACAUUGUUGAAUCAUUAAUGAAAAUUACGUCACAGGAAGUUCGAGUUCUUGGUAUUUGGGGUGUUGGUGGCAUAGGCAAAACCACCUUGGCUAGAGCUACAUUUGACAAAUUCUCUUCUCAAUUUGAAAGCUGUUGCUUCUUAGAAAAAGUGAGAGAGGAAUCAACAAGGAUCGAUGGUUUGAGUCGCUUGCGUCAAAAGCUUCUUUCUGAGCUAUUACACCUAGACAAAGAUGUCACCAUAGAAGAGGAUGGUGCAAGGAGAAGACUGUCAUGGAAAAAGGUCUUGAUUGUGCUUGAUGAUGUGUCCGAUUCAAAGCAAUUAAAAGAUCUAGCUGGACAGCAACUUUACUUGGGACUUGGCAGUAGAGUAAUUGUAACAAGUAGAGACAAGCAUGUUUUUAGGAGUGGAGAGAUUCAUGAUGAAUAUAUACAUGAAGUCAAGGAGUUGAAUUUUGAAGAAUCACUAAAACUUUUUAGUUUACAUGCCUUCAAACAAACUCACCCCAGUAUGGGAUAUGAAAAGCUAUCAGAAAUGACAGUUGCCUAUGCUACAGGCAUUCCUCUAGCUUUAGAAGUUUUGGGUUCCCAUUUUCAUUCUAGAGAUAAGGCAUACUGGGAGAGUGAGCUCAAGAAACUCAGAAAGUAUCCCCGUCCAAAAUUCAAAAUAUAUUGA